UCAGAAUCGACCAAGGAGUCCACCGAAUUGUAGAUGCCUGAGGGUACUUUUAUCGUAGCUCAGCAUUAUGAUCUUUUGCAACAAGACGACACCAAAUGCCAAAUAUACUUUUACAACCGUCAUCUUGUGCAGAUCAUCAUCCUGCGUCUUGUAUUGAGGACCUUUAGGAGGUAUGGGAGUAUAAAAUGUCAUAACUACCUGGAGCAUUCAUGUUUCCUCUCUUGGCUUGAAUGCUUCAGACAUGCUACUUGGUCAGACCACCAUUAAUUACAUUCGAAGUGCAUGAGUUUCGUCCGAAUCAUCAAAAUCUGGCCGACGAAUGUGCACGAGCAGGAGAGUAGAGUUACACCAUCGGACAACUCUGAGUUUGGGUGCAUUAAGCUGUGCACUAGUCACACGGAUCACCUGACUGAAAUUCCGAUCGAGAUCAUCGUCUCGAAGACUUGAGACCUAGCUAGGCCUGAAAACGUUGAAGGUUGAUAAACUGAGCAAUCGCUGCAGCCGACAGCAAGAAUGGGCCUGAGCCAGAACCACUCGAUUCUACUCUUCGGAGCUGCUGUGUGCUUCUGCGUUGCGGGUGCCUUGAGUCUCCUUAUUGGCCACCCUCUCAUUCCUGGUGCUGGCCUUUCCAUCUGCGUGCCUGGUUUGAGCAUCCGGUGCGAGCCCGAUGAGAAUGGCGGACAGUAUGUGCGAUGUGGGCGGAAUCAGAAGGUGGAAGAUGUUCCUAAGGGCAAGAUUUGUUACAAAGGAGCACUAAUUUCCAGCGACAUGAGACUGCGCAGGUCGGCAUUGCUACCGAGCGACUGUCACAAAUCAAAGAGACUCAGAGGAAAUUCCACGAGAGAUUUUGACGUCAAAGCGUGCUCCUGCUCGGCGUUGUGCAGUGGGAAGAGUCAGUGUGUGUGCAUGUGCAAGUCCCAAUCGUGGACAAACGUCAAGUGCACGAACGGCAAGACUUACGCCAGUGUAGCUCACGGUGACUGCUGCUUGGGAGGAGCUGGUAGAUGCAGACAAGCUCUGGAAGGCUCCAGUGACGUCUCGUGGUCCUGGUGGACUGAGGGUGUAGAUUUCGCGCGCGUUCUGAUUCGAUCUUCUCUUCGACAGCUUUGUGACUUUCUACGCGACCACUUUACCUUUCCUCCUUCGCUGGAUGAAAAUUCCUGCUGCGACCGCUCGACCUCCAGCUGCAAUCAGUGCUAGGUAUGUGGUAGUCUCUCGUAGAUUAUCAUGUUUGUGCGAUAGAGUACCAGAACUCCACGGCAGUAAUAUUUCAUAGUAUCAAUUUCUUCUUUAUAGCCAUGUGAAGCUCUUAUCAGAGAAUGAGCCAGGUUUAUCGAUCCUAAAUCCCGCAAUAUUGGGCUCUGCAUAUUAGCGCUCUGGAAAACGAAUGAAAGAAAGAUUACGAGGAUAGAAAGAGAGCUUCGGUCAAACCGAAGAGGCCUACUCCUUUGUGAUUGCUAUGUCAUCAGCUGGGUUUAGCAAAGUACGCGACUGGAAAAGAUCGAUAGACUUGUAUGCAGUAACUUUUGCCAUCAAUUGUCAGCCAUGGGAUUGCCAGGUCAAUGUAUAGUUUUAGGAAAGUAGGUAGGUGGUAUGCAGGAUCCGGAUAUAGUUAAUGUACCUUAGUAAAAUCUGGAGAUGAAUUUUGCACUUUACUUAUGAGCAUGGAUUGUUCACACUGAUAGGCUCACCGGCCGUCAUGUAUGAAAAUAUUAUUUAAAAUUUGA